AUGGUUAUUUUAGUCACUAAUAUAAGUGAAUUAUCUGCAUCAAUUCAUUUUAGAUCUCCAUCCAUUAAUAGUCUUUUGUCAAAUUUAAAAUCAAUUAUUGAAUUAGUAAUCAAACUCCCAGGUGAUUCAUUAAUAAUACAAUAUGGUGCAAUAGAACGCAUUCGAUCAGCUAUAUUUUCAAUUCUAGUACAUGGUCUUAAACAGAAUACACAAGAUACAUAUGAACAAUUAUGGCAUUUCAUUAUUCUUUUAAAUUCAAAUUCACAAAAAUAUAUUCAUUUGUUACAAGAUGUUUAUCAUAAAGAAAAUCUUCUAACAUCAGUUGAACAAUGGAUUGAUCAAUCACUUAUAACUGAAUGUUUAUCUCAACAAUUAUCUUUUAUUGAAAAUGAUAUUGAUAUACUUGAACAGUAUUAUUAUAGUCAUGCUUUUAUUCGAAUACCAUCUUUUUAUCAUGCAUUUAUGAUUUGUAUACGUACUAUAGAAUCUAAUAAUCUAUCAUUAUUGGCUAAUAUUGAUCCAAAAUUGUCUAUUGUUGGAUAUGAUCAAGCACUACCAAUAUCAACAAAUGAUGUAGUAUAUAGAUCGCAACCAUCUAAAAAACCUUCCUUACUAAGGCAAAAUACUACAAGUAAACUAUCGUAUGAUGAAAAUCAAGAAAAAUUUCAUUCCAUUACUAAACCACGUUUUAUUCAUCGUCGUAUACAUAGUGAUCCUAUAUUUCAUAUUGAAAACAUUCCAAAGAAGUAUUCUCGUGUUAUAUCAUCACUUUUAAUUGAUAAUACUCAAUUAAAUCAAAAUACAAAUUUACCUGAUAUUUCAUAUUCUUAUGAAUAUGGAUCUAGUUAUGAUUCAUGUGCAGAUUUAUUCUCAUCCAUUGAACAAUCAUUACCAAUAGAAACUAAUCGUCAUUCAAUAUCAAGUCAAAUAACACUUAUUGAUGAAGAAGAAUGUCAAUUCAAUGAUCCAACAAAAUCUUCGAUUACUUCAGAUCUAAUAAAAAGUACACGUUUACCAUAUUCAUCGUUAUUUUGGCCAAGAAAAGGUCAAACAUUAGAUAAUUAUAUACACGAAUGUGAUUCUCAGACAAGAACAGAUGUUGAAAAGGAAAACGCUCAUUUUUACUUUAGUGAAGCAAUUAUAUCAGCUAUUGAAUUUAUUAAAUUUAGUGAACAAUGUAAGAAAUAUUUUGAGUCAUUCGAUCAAAAUUUUUUUACAUUGAAUGAUUUUAAUUCGACUGGUCAACAUCCAAAUUCAAAUUCGGACGAUUUAUCAGCAGAAGCAAUAGCAUUAGCUAUCAUGGAAACAUGGAAAAAUUAUAAAAUACCAACAGCUUCCGAAUUAUUUUGGAUGAUUCCUCAUGAUGAAGAAAUUCCAGAAGAAUUACUACCAAUACAAAAUAAUAAGGGAUUUGAACAAAGUGAUGAACAAAUUCCCAUUGAAGGUAGUCAAAGAAUAUUGCGUCGUGGUAACAGUCAAUGGGCACCACCACGUGAACAACUGAUCUUUCAUAUUCAUCAUUCAGUGAAGUAUGUAGAUUUAAAAAUAAUUAAAACACAAAAUAUAGAAAGAAAAAUUUCUUAAAAUUAUGCUGGAAUAUGAUGAAAGAUCGAAAAUGAAGAGAGAAACUCUUGAAUCCAGCGUGAGGUUCGUGAAGACGACGUCCUUCCGCAGAUCGGGUUGACCUUCCGAACGUUUCUAAUUCUUCUAUCAUUUACUACGUAUCUAUGUUUUCAAAAAUAGAUGUUUGCCCUUCCGGAAGAGGCAGCGCUGGAACCGGUCCGGUCGUCCGGUACCGGCCCGGUUUGGAAAAUCAACCGGCCCGAACAAUACCGGAAUUUCACCGGUUGAAAGUUUGAAAAAAAUCUGCUUUAUUAAUCCUAUUUUUGGCCAUAAA